AGCUACCAGGUCCCCGGCGUCGGAGCUAGCACGAUUCUGAUCUCGCUUGGAGUUGUUUUCUACGUUUUCGCGCCACUAUUGUCAAACUCUCGAAAACGAUUAAUUGUACAGGGAAGUAUUCUGUGAGAGUCCACCUAGUGGGCAUGUCCAUUUCGUCUGCUGUUGAAGUUCUGAUUUGCGGGGGGAGGCUGCGCGUCCUCAGCAACCAGGUUCCACAGCCACUCAGCACUAUUCGAUUACGUUGGUGAAAUGAAAGGUGGACAUCGAUGAAGAUUAAUAAUCUUGUGGGACAGAUUUAAUCGAUUAAUCAUCGAUACUACCACAUAUUACCAACCCUACUAUACAUAUAGUUGUAACAAGUCAGCAUAGUAACUGUAUGCUACUAUAUUAUAUUUAUAUUUUAAGAAGUUCCGGGUGGUGUCGCAACGCGCGGUUAUUACGAUUUCUCUGUUUAUAUAUUUCACGACACGGGAUUUUUUUUCCAUGGACCAGGAGAGCGUAGACAGUGCCAAACAAGGCAUAGAUAGUAUAAAAAAACUAGACGAAAGCAAAACGCAUAUUUGAAAAAUUGGCGGGCUUGUUACAUAUAAUUUGGAGUAACGUACUGGGUCUAUAGCGGGUAGUGUUACUAUUUCUUUUUUUUUAUUGUAUUUUUAUAAACUCUAACAGGGAAACUGAAACUAAAGAAACAGCCGUCGUCGUGAUCUCCGCAAUCCAACCAUGGCGCAAGUUUUCUGUCCAUCACUACUCAUUCGUCUGGCAACAAGACCAAAACUUGUGCUCAAAGGAGCUGCGAUUGUUGGGGAUAUCGCCGUCGUGCUACCUAAUCAUUGAAACUUUCGCGGACCGCAGUUUCCGCCAGUUUACUUGUUCGUGUUGGUGCUGCCCCUUUCUCUCUGCGGUCAGGGCCCGAGUAGGUUGCGGUCAAUGUGUGUCCACGGCUGACGCUGCCUGCCGAUAUGGCUCCCAAAUCUCGGAAAAUUGCCAUUAUGGGCUUCCGAUCCGUCGGAAAGUCGUCGCUGACGAUACAGUUCGUGGAGAACCAGUUCGUGGACUCGUACGACCCCACGAUUGAAAACACAUUUCACAAGACCGUCAAACUCAAGGGCCAAGAGUACCACCUCAAGCUCGUAGACACUGCAGGACAGGAUGAGUACUCCAUAUUUCCUCAGUCUUACUCCAUGGACAUCCAUGGCUAUGUGUUGGUCUACUCGAUCAAUUCUGCAAAAAGUUUUGAGGUGGUCAGGGCACUUUACGAGAAGCUCCUGGACAUGACUGGAAAAGUCCACGUCCCCAUUGUUCUUGUUGGCAACAAGGUAGACCUGAGGGUUGAAAGGGUUGUUAGCUAUGAAGAGGGGAGGCAAGCUGCUGAAUACAUGAAAGCAGCAUUUUUAGAGGCCUCGGCAAAGCAGAAUCAGAGCGUGUUUGAGAUCUUCAGCACCAUGAUACAACAGAUCGACAGGGCUGAUGGCAAUGUGCCCGAGAAGCAAUCCUGUGUUGUCUCCUAAUGGCUUACCUCAGCAGAGCUGUUCUCCAUCUGAUUCUGUUCAGGGACUGCUUGGAAGCGUUUGGGCUGUGGACAGAAUAAAGAAGCCCAGCGCUUUUGCUUUCAAAGCUGCUGUGGGAUAGCUCUGUGCUGUGCUUAUCGAGAGGGUGUGCUGCUGCUACUGAGAAUGUCGGUUGUCGCGGCUGUAGAAGAGAGUGGCUGCAUGGUGUUUCUGAGUAAUGUGUGCGACCUGCAGUGCUUGAUUUACACUUGCUUCCUUUUUCUUUUUUGAUUUUCUUUUUUGCCAGCUGUGCAUCAAGCUUGGCGAGUGUUUGUAGGGCUGCAGGUCUGCUCUUGCAAGAAAUGCCGAGGCUUUUGUGUCUAUAAAUUUGCUUAGUGGGCAUCAAGUGCUGUUGUCGUAGGAAAGCAUGUUGAUUGACGUCUUUUGUUAUACGCACAAAAUCUGCUCUUGGGUUCUCUUUGUACAAUAUGCAGUGGUGUCUUGAUCUGUCCUUUUUUUUCUUCUUUGGAAUGACUUGUUUAUUUGGAUGUCCUCAGUGGAGCUUCAUUUCUUUGUGACAUGCCUUGUGAGGGUCAGUGUUGUUUUAAUGCCUCCAGCUGCGUCAAGAUGCACUCCCACUUUCGUUCUCGCAAUUACCAUUUCCCCUUGUGGGAAAUAUGUAAAAAUUGUACUUACUCCAUUUUUCUCUCAAUUUGUAUACACAAAACCGCAUGGCUGUGAGCUUUUAUUAUCAUUACUAUAAGGAGGCUUAGCCAGUUAGCGGUGACUGGUAUGUGUAAAUGACAUAAAAAAGUGACAGUUGUACUGCCGAUUCUGCAGAUCGCAAUAAAACUGUGAUACUGAGAAAACUUGCAAAA